AUGCCGACAUUACCCCCAGAUUACGGGAUCGAUGAAAACCAACUUGACCAAAAUGCCGACUACGCGUGGUCUCGCCCUGGGGGUCUGAUCGAACGUCCAGGCCAGAUGUCCGACGAACCGGAGGCAUGGUUGUAUUGCGAUCGCUUUUCCUACAGUACGCAUGAGAAGGUCUCCCUCAAGACGCACACUACGGCUUCGACGUAUGAGAUUGAAGUCAUCAAGGACGGCUUAGAACCUCGCACAGUCUACUUGGAGCAUGAUCUGCCAGGCCGCCAGCACGCAACCCCGAAGGAUGCAUAUGCCGUGGGUUGCGACUGGCCUGAGGCACUCUCUAUCCAGCUUGACGAGUCAUGGCAACCAGGAUUUUACCUCGUCGUCAUCCGUAUCAAGACAAGUCGCGGCAGGCCGUUUGAGCGCGAGGGAUUUUUCAUCGUGAAACCCGGGGAGCAGCAGGCCUCCGAGGCAGACUUUUUGCUGAUCCAUGCCACGAGCACAAUGCUGGCGUACAACGACUGGGGCGGAGCGAAUCACUACCGGGGUAUCGAAGACGGAUACCAGAACGACAUUCCCAGUCCACAAUCUUCCACUCAGCGGCCCAUUGCACGAGGAAUGCUGCGAAUACCCACGAACGCUCCGCGUGAAUCAAUUGGAGACGCAAUCAUCGGUCCAAACUGGACCCCGAGGUAUGCCAGCCUCGAAUAUUCCUGGUACUUCCGCUACUCCAGACACUAUGCCGAUGCCGGUUGGGCGACGUAUGAGCGCCCCUUUGUGGUGUGGGCGGAGAAUCAAGGCUACAAGAUUCAUCACAUCACGCAGUCCGACCUCCAUUCCGACGCUCGGUGUCUCGAAGGGUACAAGUGUGCCGUCUCUGUUGGCCACGACGAAUAUUGGUCAUGGGAGAUGCGAGACCAUAUGGACUCCUUCACCGAGCAGGGCGGCUGCUUUGCCCGUUUUGGGGGUAAUUUUUGCUGGCAGGUGAGAUUCGACCAGAACAUGCACACGCAAACUUGCUACAAGGACCCGACAGCCGAUCCGGCCACGAAGACCAACCCGACUCGAUGCAGCACAGGCUGGGACUUCCCGCCAGUGAACCGUCCGGCGGCGCAGACCGUCGGCCUGACGGGGUUUGGUGGCGUUUACACUCGCUUCGGUGUUGCCGCGCCCCGGUCAUCCGGUGGCUUCCAGGUAUACCGGCCAGCUCACUGGGCGCUGGAGGGAACUGAGCUCUUUUACGGCGACAUGUUUGGCGCGCACCCGGUCAAUAUCUGCGGCUUCGAAGUCGACGGAGUCGACUACACGUUCCGCAAAGGACUACCCUAUCCGACCGGCACCGACGGAGCAUCACUGGAUCUGGAAAUCGUCGCCAUGUGCCCCGCCGUCCAUGGCGAAAGGGAUCGAUGGGGAGGUCGAGAGCCGAUAGGAGGGCCGCUCAGAGAGGCGCGAGGCCUAUUCAAGGUGGUGUUUCCCGACGGCCCUCCAGAGUAUCUGGUCGACCGUGAAUACGGUAGCGGGAUGGUGGCGAGCGUCGCUAAAGGUCAAGGGCAGAUUUUCUGCGCUGGCACCGCGGAAUGGGUGGUCGGGCUUAUUAAAAAAGAUUUCUUCACCCAGAAAAUCACCACAAAUGUCCUGGAUCGAUUUUCCGGCAGGCAAUAA